AUGAAUGCACCUAUCGUCGACGAUAAGUCCGAGCAUUGCAUUCCAUUUCUGCUUAAGCUAUUGGAGGCACAUAGGUUGAAGCAUGGGAAUAGUCCCAACGCGCCACCGUUCUUCGUCUCUACACUUCGAUCUACCCUCUCUACCACCCCCUAUAACCUACCUACAAUCACCUUCUCAUUGGACGACAUAUACCUAACACACGAUGACCAACAACAUCUUGCUGCUACCCAUCCAUCCAAUCCCCUUCUACAACACCGUGGCCAGCCGUCUACUCACGAUAUACCCCUUGGUAGCAAGGUGUUUGACUCCCUGCGGCGAAAUGAGCCCACCAAAAUACCUUCGUACGACAAAUCCGCCUUCAAUGGCCAGGGGGAUCGUGCCCCGGAAAAUACGUGGGAAAUAGUAAAUGAUACUCAGAAUGGACAGCCAUUGAUUAAGGUUGUUAUAUUUGAAGGAUGGUGUGUUGGUUUCCGCUCAAGACCAGAGAGUGAAAUCCAAGCAGAGUGGGAAAAUGCCGUGAGGCGGCGGGAACAGGAUGAUACCUAUAACGGGCAGCUUGGCCAUGUUAAACUGGAAGACGUCAUGACCAUUAAUGACUCUCUGAAGAAAUAUGAUGCGUUUACUAGUGAUGCUGAAGAUACGCAUAAUGUAUAUUACUGGAGACAACAGCAGGAACAGACAUUACUUGCAACAAAGGGGAAAGGGAUGACCUCAGAUCAGGUCACGAAAUUCGUCAAUGGAUAUUAUCCAUCAUACGAACUAUAUACAAACCAGCUCAGAAAGGGUGUAUUUCGGCCCGUGGAGGAGAAGGGCGACGAAGAUUGGAAAGGCAGACAGCUUCGGCUCAUCGUUGACAAGCAGAGGAGAGUAAAGGAGGUCCUCACUAUAUGA